AAAACGAGAAUGGACAAUGGAGCUUUAGCUUUCUGUGCGGGCGUCGCCUCUUCGCUGAGCUCAAUUGCAAACUAUGGCUGCUCCGCUGCUCUUCAGGGUCGCGUCGCUUCUCCGACUGCGGUUCUACCACCACCAGCAAAGCCGUGGCCUCUGCUUCGGUCUCCUUAAUCGCCGACUGUUUUGCGCUUCUACUGAGCCUUCUCAGACACCCGAGGACUCAUCUUCUGCGGGCCAGAACCCGGACACCACCGUGCUCAGGGUGAACGAGCCGCCUCGGUUCCCGAGGUGGUCGGAACUAGAUUACCAGAAAUGGAAAGAGAAAGAAGCUGAGAUACUCCAAGACAUCAAGCCCGUCAUUUCCCUCGUCAAAGAUAUUAUUCACUCUACUAGGUAUUUGGAUGGAGAACGCCUUACAGCUGAAGAUGAAAAAAUUGUGGUAGAGAAGCUUCUUGCUCAUCACCCUCAUUGUGAAGAUAAAAUUGGCUGUGGCCUUGAUUCAAUUAUGGUUGAUCGUCAUCCCCAAUUCAGACAGUCGAGGUGCCUCUUCGUGGUGAGAACAGACGGCGGAUGGAUAGAUUUCUCCUACCACAAGUGUCUCAGAUGGUAUGUUCGCGAUAGGUAUCCAUCCUUUGCCGAAAUAUUUAUUAGAAAACAUUUGAAAAUGGGAAGUUAACUCUCGUCAUCUCGAUCGAGCACCAAGAAGCUGUAAUGCUGUGGGUAUUGGUUUGGCAUACAUUUUUGUAGCAUCAUUUGACCCACACAUAGCCAAAUACAUGCUGCAGACCAUCACCUUCACGGUAGUUUAAUUGGCGGGACAUGGAAAAUGAAUGUAGUAAAUGUUAAUUAGUUGGGAUGUUGACUGUCCCGGCGAAUACUUGCGUUGCAUUUAUUCUGCCGUGGCAUUGCACAAGUAAUUCUGGCAAUGACAUGAUUAGGUGGGCUGAUGAUAUUUGUGUUGGAAGUUGAUGAACACAACACAGGACAUAAAAUACAUAAUAGUUAUCCACAAGUUACAGCCUUGUGUAGCUUUGUAAACUAGUGCAAUGAAACUGGUCAAACAGAAGCGUAUAAAUGUUGAGUCGGUCCAUGCUAGGACGCAUAGAACAUUUAUGAUUUUUAUAGUCCGUGAAAUUAUAAUAAUAAAUUAAUUACAUUACUGGUA